AUAGAAUAUAUAACCACCGUAAACCUUUGAGGAUCGGCUCUUUUCCUUAGCUGCUACCGGCCGUUUCUUUCAUCCUGGAAUCUUUCUUUCCAACUCUCAAAUUGUUGGCCAAAGAUUUAAUCAGAUUGUCGUUCUGCAUCCUUUAACAAGUUGAGAGUUUUAAGAAGAGCUUACCGGAGGACGUUAUCAAGGUGCCGCACUUAUUUGAGUAAUUUGAGUUCAGCUCCUAACAGAUACUAAAGGUAAGGCCAAGGCCUAGGAAGGUGAUGAGAGAGUGGAACGCGUGCCAAGACGAGUUAUGGGGACGACCUUGGCGGCUUCCAGCUAGCUAUUAUUAUAUUUCAGUAUUUCAGUAUUUCAGUUCUUAUAGUUAAGAGAUUGUUAUUACUUUAUUUUAUUUUAUUUGAGGAUUCGAGUUUGAAUAAAUUCCUGGAUCCAGGUGGUUAUCACAUUUGCUAGUGAUAACUAGACUUUAUUGAGUUUUUAUUUGGAGUUAAAUUUUAGCUACAUUUGAGAUUUUAUCAGGGUUAUUUCUUAAACAAACGGCCGUUAUAUUGCAGUUUAUUUUUAAAAGUAGUAUGCUAGUGUAGCGUUCCCUUUAACCCUGAGAGGGGCGUUACAUGUUUGGUAUCAGAGCCUAGGUUGUCCCGUAACUUCAUCUGUCACCGUACACGUGCUCAUCAUCUUCCAAGUGCCUUACGAAAAUGAGGAGAACCCGUGGUCGUCCAGUAGGUGGCAGCAAUGCUCAAGGAAGCAGUAAUGAGCAAGGAAACAAUCACGAGCAAGAUUUGGCAGGUAUUGUAGCGCAACUUCAAAGGCAAUUGCAGGAGCAGCAACAAACUAUUGACCGAUUGACCGCGAACAAUCAAAGGGGCGGUGGUGAAGGAGGAAAUGCUGGAGAUAAUCAAGCUAGGGGGAAUGGAGCACCGAGGCGAGAACCACUAAUGAUAACUUGGAGGAAGAUCAAGCCCGCAGAUUUUGAGGGGGGUCCCGACCCUCUAGCUGCUCAGGGAUGGCUGAAGACCAUUGAAGGCAUUGCUAAUGGUUUGGAAUUAGCAGAUAAUGACAAGGUUCGAUGCGCGUCUUAUAGCCUCACCAUGGAUGCUCGAAUAUGGUGGGAGACUGUGGAAACAAGGUAUAACGUUGCGCAGAUGACAUGGGAGCAGUUCAAAGAGGAGUUCACCAACCAGUAUUUCAAUGCUAGUGUCACACGUAAGUACCAGGAUGAGCUUCAGAAUCUACGUCAGGGAACCAUGGAUGUAGCAACCUUGGCGGCACAAUUUCAGAGACUACUACGUAUUUGCCCUACAGCUGCUCCGACAGAGAGGGAUAAGGUGAAGUUGUUCCUGAAAGCCCUUAGGAAGGAUAUAGCAGUUCACUUGGAGAACGGUAACCAGACCCCAGCUACAUUAGUUGACUGUGUCCUUAUAGCGAGUCAAAAGGAGUACUACCUCCCUACCGAUCCAGUGCCCGCUCAGCCGCAACAUGUGCCUUUACAGUCGCAGAAUCAACCACAGGGAUACACGAACAAUUCAAAGAAUAACAAGAAGAGAAGCUUUAAGGGCAGUGAUGGCAAGGGAGUUGGACGUCAUCAGGAGCGACAAAAUAAACAGAUGAAGUUUCCGCAGUGUGCGAAUUGUGGCCGUAAUCAUCCAGGCCAAUGCAGAUUGGGUUCGAGAGCUUGCUUCACUUGUGGCCUUGAGGGACAUAUGUUCAAAGAUUGUCCAAGAAAGAAUCAGCAAGGCUACCAGAUCACUCAGAUGCCGAGGAAUCCAGCACCUUCAGCGGUUGUCCAUAAUAUGCAGGCUUAUCUAGAAGGACCAUCCAUCCAGCAAGGACGUCUUGAAGCACCACCAGAGGCCCCGGUUGCUAGAGUGUUCACAAUCUCAAGGGAAGAGGCAUCGAUAAAUCCUGGCGUGGUCACAGAUACUAAAGGUAAGGCCAAGGCCUAGGAAGGUGAUGAGAGAGUGGAACGCGUGCCAAGACGAGUUACGGGGACGACCUUGGCGGCUUCCAGCUAGCUAUUAUUAUAUUUCAGUAUUUCAGUAUUUCAGUUCUUAUAGUUAAGAGAUUGUUAUUACUUUAUUUUAUUUUAUUUGAGGAUUCGAGUUUGAAUAAAUUCCUGGAUCCAGGUGGUUAUCACAUUUGCUAGUGAUAACUAGACUUUAUUGAGUUUUUAUUUGGAGUUAAAUUUUAGCUACAUUUGAGAUUUUAUCAGGGUUAUUUCUUAAACAAACGGCCG